CAGCAGCGGCAGCAGCGGCGACUCAAUCGCUCCCUCUUCCAGAUCAGCGAUGCUUGUCUGCGGAGCCGUGCUGGGGCUUCUCGCCCUAUUCCUCGGGGGCGCCCGGGGAGAGCCAAUCCCAGCCACCGUGUGCCCAGGAGGGCAGUCCUGGAGUCCAGACCUGGAGAAAUGCAUGGAUUGCUCCGUGUGUCAGCGUCAGAACAAGAAUGACUUCUGCUCCACCUGCGGAGACCCCCAGCUCCCAGAUAGAUUCAGUACGUGGCUUUUAGUGGGAGCGACCUUGGGGGCUGUAGUUCUAGCCAGCAUCAUCGGAGGCAUAAUCAUCUACGCCCGCUGCCGUCGGCGGGAAAAAUUCACCACCCCAAUUGAAGAGACUGGAGGCCAUUCAGCUCAGGAAUCGCUGAUACACUGAAGCAGAUCUUUUUGUCAACAUUUCAAAUGCGAGCAACCGAGAGGAGAGAAGUUCAACCUUUCAUUACCUCUGAUUUUUCCUGAAGAUGCCAGGAGGACAUUUUCCUCUGCCCUGAGAUUCCGGACCGCCACGCUCUUUUUUGGCACACGUGCACACCUAAUUUAGGAAACAAUAUUUGGCGUGAAGUCUACCACACUCUUCACCUUGUAUACAUUUCAGGAAGAAAAACACACACACACAACACAAGUGUUGGUGGUCCCUUUUGUAAAGGCACAUCAGCUCCUCCCUAACUUUUUUUUAGUAUUAGGGGAGGAGCGAAAGGGGUCUCUUUAAUCCCCCAGGGUCUAAUGCCCCAUAUUGGGGUGACUUAUUUUCAUACUGGGGUACAGCUGUGAGAAAAUGUUGCAACUCCAAAUUUCCUCCUGCUGGGAGGCCACUCCUACGAGGAAGGCCACAGCGCCAACGGCGUCGUUUCCCUGUCUGCAGCAGUCGAGGGCAAAUAUGAAUGUGAUUUUUAGAUUAUCUGUAUAUACAAGAGAUAAUAUUGGGUGCUAAAGCUCUCCGGGAGAGGAGCAGGGACUAGCCUCUUGAACAAUAUUUUCAUGUCAGUGGCUGGGCCACACGAUGAAAAAUGGGCAAGUAGCCACAAGUAGGAUCUACACUAACAGCAAUUCGUCCCUCUUCCUGUUCCCCUUCCUGUGGUGCUCAACUGUUUGAGAGACAACUAUUUAUGUAUCUUCUGCUCUAACAAGCUGAUUUUAAUUUUAUGGGUGUGAUUUUUUUCUUCUUCUUCCAGGCACGGGAGGGGGGGGAGGGGGGAAUAAAACCAAGCCUAUCGCUUCUCAAACCAGAGUUUGUGGAUUAAAAUAAAAU